AUUGAAAUACAACUGUGCCAUUUGGAAGGGCUAUCAGAGACCUCUUGUGUUAUAAUGUGGAGACACUUUUAAGGAUAUAGGACAGAAGGAGGGAGAGUCUGUUGUUGUAAAUGAUUGCUGGACAGACUCUAAUACCAGCCCAAUACUUGAAUCAAAUGUUAAACCAACCAGAGAGAGAGGAGGAGGAGGAGGAAAUAAAGAAUUAUAUAACUGCUGAUGUAGUCAAGAGAAAAAGGACCUCUAAAGUCUCCGGAAGGUCCCCAUUUGCCCACAGAGUAAGUUUACAUGACAUAUUACAUCAUUUAAAGCUCUGUGGGUGGUACUGGGGAGAAUUGAGUAGCGAAGAAGCUGACAGCAUUCUACAUACGGCAAGUGAUGGGUCGUUCAUCCUUAGAGACAGCAGCGACGCUUGUCACCUGUUCACUCUCUCUCUCAAAGCUCACAGAAUGGUCAUUAGUGUUAGGGUCCACUUCAGUAGGGGCCUCUUCAAAUUAGAUUCGUCUACUUCUGACUGUCCCUCAUUCCAUUCGGUGGUCGACCUCAUUUAUUAUUAUUUAUCAGACAGCCACAGGUUCUUUUAUGUUGAUGUUCCUGGUUACGGAGAAGUUAGAGUCACUUUAAAGCACCCGAUUCUAAAGGAGGUACUUCCUCUGCAGCACCUCUGCUGUAUAUCGAUAGUUCGGUCUUGUAGAACACAAGGACACAUAGAGACGUUACCAUUACCUGCUCAUUUGAAAAGACUUUUGUUAGAGUUUUGUUCCGAAUCAUCUUCAUCAUAAUCUCUAUCUCCUUCUUUCUUUCUUGUACUUAAACCAAUUCACAAUUCUCUUUUUAUUGAAUUCUCUCUCUUUUCCUCAUGUAUUGUAGCUAUAUCAAUUCUACUAACAUUAAAAGAUAUCAGAUUAACUUAAUUAUUACAUGUGCUCAGUCAACUGCUUCACAUAUUUCAUGUAUCUCCUACUGUGUUGUGACUUGAAA